AUGAAGAACGGCUUAUUGAGAAUAUGGAGCCUUCGGCAUCACCUCAUCUUAAUCUUAGCACCGUUUGUGUUUUUACCGGUAGUAUUUCUAAUGCCUCCUAAGGAAGGGAAAUGUCUCUAUUUAAUCCUGAUUAUAGCUACGUUCUGGUGUACUGAAGCAUUGCCGCUCGCAGUAACCUCACUGCUCCCUAUCAGCCUCUUCCCGCUGUUCGGAGUCCUACCUUCAUCAAAGACCUGCCCUAUGUACUUCCUUGACACAAAUGUUCUCUUCUUUGGUGGUUUGAUCCUGGCCGUGGCGAUUGAAGACUGUAACUUGCACCGCAGAGUAGCGCUCGCAAUCCUCGGGUGUCUGGGGGUUAACCCUUUAAUGCUCAUCCUGGGUAUCAUGCUGACCACUGCCCUUCUCUCCAUGUGGCUGAGUAACACAGCCACCACUGCUAUGAUGAUGCCUAUAGCCACCGCCGUCCUUAAGAGGCUGUACGAUGAAUCGGAGGCAGUGCCACAGAGUAAGUAUGUCACAGAUGCAGUGGUUGCAAUGACGGUCGUUUUUCUGAUGUUCAUCUUUCCCUCACAGAAACCCUCGUUAAAGUGGAAAACAAAUCCUGAAGAGCCAGUUAUUCCACACAAACCACUGUUGACUUGGAAAAAUGUCCAGCACAAGGUGGCCUGGAAUGUCAUAAUACUGCUAGGCGGAGGAUUCGCCAUUGCAAAAGCUUGUGAGGAGUCAGGGCUUUCGAGGUGGAUUGGAAACAAGCUGCGUCCUCUGGAACAUAUCCCAGCCAGUGCAAUUGUUCUGACUGUCAGCCUGGUCAUUAGCUCAUUCACUGAAUUUGCCAGCAACACUGCCACAAGUAUAAUCUUUCUGCCUAUUUUGGCUGAGUUGGGUGUUCGAGCCAAAAAUCAUCCUUUGUACCUGAUGAUUCCAGGGGCAGUGAGCUGUUCAUUUGCCUUCAUGCUGCCAGUUGCAACUCCACCAAAUGCCAUUGCUUUCGCAACAGGGCAGUUAAAAGUCAAGGAUAUGGCUACUCUCAGUUGCCUUUCGGAAUCAGAGGAGAGACUCAUGGGAAUUCUACAGUUGUCUAACUGUGGAGGUUAA